UGCCAAAGUGAUUUGAAUAAGUUUUGAACUGCGGAAAUAUGUCUCGAACUACUUUUAUUAUUGCACUUUGCACAAUAAUUGCCGCGCAAGCUAAAUUUCCUGAUGAUCCUAAGCCUUGUAAAUAUGGCGACUCCGAAUGCUUACUGAAGACAAUCAACUACUUUGUAAGCGAAAAGCAUAAAGAAGGCGAUCGGAGUAUCAAUUUAGUGAAAUUAGAUCCACUGCCAGUGGCUAAGAUGAACAUAAAUCAAGGAGCAGAUAGUCCUGUCAACAUUGAUCUUACCUUUACGAAUAAUAAUUUGUUAGGCAUUGGUGACAUUACGUUUAUUGGCGUCAAAGGCUUCGGCAAAAAUAUUGACAAGAAACAUGAGUUGAAAUUUAAAGUGCCAAGACUGUCACUGGUUGGACCCUAUGACAUCAAGGGCAAGGUGCUGAUUUUGCCGAUUAGUGGCUCAGGCAAGAGCAAUAUGACAAUGGUUAAUGCCGAAUUGACAUUUUCUUUUACUGGCAAAUCCGUUGAGAAGAAUGGCGAAAUGUAUAUGGAAGCAACCAAUGUGAACUUACUUACCAAACCGGAACGCUGUUAUUAUCAAUUUAGCAAUCUCUUCAAUGGUGAUAAGGCGUUGGGCGAUAAUAUGAACGCCUUUCUUAAUGACAACUGGGAGGCUAUAUUUAAGGAGGUGCAGGACUCCAUGCAAUCGGCAUUCGCGGAAAUCUUUAAAGCCAUAUUGGAGAAGGCCUUCACGAAAUAUCCCUACGCUAAAUAUUUUGAGGAUAGUUAGACAGAGUAAUAGUUAUAAUAGUUAAUAAUUAUAUAUAUGCUGUGCGAUUUUAUUUUAAAAUUCUAAUUGUUUUUGAUUAUACGUUUAGCUCACAAUCGAUGCAAUGGAAAUUACCAAUAACAUUGUAUACAGAGCAUUAAUUAUAUACACAAAGCAAUUUAUAAAUUAA